UGCGCGGCCGCCGCCCCCCGAGACCGCCGCCGCCGCCGAUGAGGAGUUCGCCAUGUUGUCUCUCAAGCAGAGGAUGAUCGGGCUGAACCUGUACUGCGGGGGCGCGCCGGCGGUGCCCCCCCAGCCCGCCGGCACAGAGGAUCCCCACCAGGGCGCGGCGGCGACGGCUGCGGGCCACGGCCUGUGGGCGCCCUCUGAGGGGCCGCGGGCGCUGAUUGGCGGGGGGCCUCGCGCCGGGGCCCCCCGGGCGCUCAUUGGGCCCCUCGAAGCGGCGCCCCACUCGCUGAUUGGCUGGCCGCUCCCGCAGCCGUUGCGGCCGGGAACGCUUCCGCUGCCCGAGGAGGAGCUGGACGGCUGCGAACCCGACGCCGAGGCCGCGUGCCCCUCGCCGCGCCUCGUGCCUUCCCCCACCGGCUCCCUCCCCUCCGACGACGACGAAGACGGCGGCCGCGCGCCCCAGAAGGACGCCCUACGCGCGGAGACCCUGGAGGUGGUCCUCCGGUACCUGCUCGACGCCGCCGCCGCCGAGGGAGGCCCCGAGGGCCCGGCCAAGACCUUGCGGGGGCUGCUAGCGCGCUUCGGGCCCUCGGGGGGUUCCGGCGCCCCGCCCCCCUCCUCGGCCCGUGUGGCCCGGACGGUGGAGACGCUGCGCAGGGUGGGCGACGACAUCCUCCAGAAGCACCAGCUCGCCUUCCAAGGAAUGCUUAAGAAGUUGGAAAUCAAGAACAAGGAGGACCUGAAGUCAAUUUCAGAAGUUGCAACGCACGUUUUCAGCGAUGGCAUAACAAACUGGGGACGAAUUCUGACUCUCAUCUCCUUUGGCGGCUUUGUUGCCAAACACCUGAAGAGUAUAAACCAGGAGAGCAGCAUCUUUCCUUUGGCAGAGAUCAUCACUGACGUGCUGGUGAAAGACAAACGGGAAUGGCUGGUCAGUCACAAUGCCUGGGAGGGAUUUGUCAAGUUCUUCCACGUGGACGACCUAGAAGGUAGCAUCAGAAACGUUCUGAUCGGCUUUGCGAGCUUUGCUGGCAUAGGAGCAGGCUUGGCGUACAUGAUCCGGUGAGCCAAGGGAACUCUCCCUGAGCGGAGCCGGGUUCGGGCUGAUCUGUUCCUGCUGUGAUUAGAAAACUGAGCUGGGGCACUAAACAUCUGGAAAUCCUGUGGAAUAUUUGUUGGUGAAAACUUGUCAGUUAUAUAGAUCAUAACCAACCAAGAUGUUUUGCAGACAGGAGUAGAUCUGAAUAUGAAAAAAAAAGUGGACUCAGCUUCCUAGCAGCAACGGGAGAGGAAGCUACGAGGACUCGGAGACCCUCUGAAUGGUGCGUUGGUCUUGGACUAUUCUGCAGUUCAACGGGGCUUGGUGUAAUAACUUGUGGAUAGGGGGGUAUUCCAUUUGUACAGGGCCAUGAUUUUGGGCCCACUUCUGUCCCUCGAGCAGGUGGAGCUUGGGACAAAACAGAAGAUGCAUUGUGUGGUGAGAGAACGAAAAGGAUCUUCAGGUGUACCCAGGAUGCCUUUAUCUGUCGGUCGACACAUUGGCGCAUUGUCCAUACUGGACAGAAAUGGACUUACGACUUCAAAAAAAAAAACCCUGGCAGCUCAUUGUAUUCUCCUAAGGGCUGAUUCUUUUGUACGUAGCUCUAUGAUUUUGUGUCCGUCCCUCCCCCUCUGUAUCUUGAAAACAUACACUGCCAUAUAGCUCCUGAGAACAUAUGCGGCUACAUGAAAAGGAGCUCUGUAGAUAUGUCUGAAGUUGUACAAAGUGUACAUAUUUGCAGAGCUUUAUCUUUAGGUAAGGUUGUAAGGAUGAUUUUGAAUGGGUGAUCAGAGUCAGCUUUUGAAACGAAUCGUUAGCUCUCUUUAAAAGAAAAACUUCUGGGCCUUCCAGAAAGUUCUGUCUCGUGCACUCAAGUAAUGCACAAUUUCUUGGCCUAGUCAGGGUUAUCUUGCCCAGUAGAGCCGACGAGUUGGAGGCCCUUGGGAUACUGGUGUUUUUUUCCCCUCCACUUGAGGGGAUUUUGAGUUGAGGCUAGUAUUUUUCCAGUUCUUUGAAAUUCCAUUUUAAGCUAAAAUUGCAAAUGGACACCAUAUUUGUCUUCUGAGAAUAAAGAAUAAGAAUGACUCCGUUUUGGGUGAGCAAUGCAAAUGCAGUUCAAAGCACAAGCUUGAAAUUCAGGGUUUUUUCCUUUUAAAAGGUUCAGGAGGACAGUUUGUAGACUUCAGGUUUCUCAAAUCCUGGUAGGAGCAGGAGUUUUAACUUUUUCCGCUUUGGAGUUGAUUGAAUUCAGCCUUCAAUGUUCUAUCAGAUUUGUUCAGACCAACUUAUGGCAGAUGCAAAAAAACUGAAAAGCAAAGCAUGAAAUCCAUGAUGGUGCUAUCAGGCUUGCUUGGUUUACAUAAACUGUCUAACACAA